GACAUAAAGCUCUCAUUUCGCUUUGCGAACACUUCACAUGUAGCUCACACAACAACAUAACUGCAAUGCUCUAUGUAAACACGCAGAGCAGAAUAGUUUCACCACUACGAGGACAGUCACCGCUAGCUAGCAGCGUUCAUUAAUGUUUUUUAAACAGUAAUUAGCUAACGGACAGUGCCUUUAUCUCUUCAGCCUUAAACCAGAGCUGGGUGAAUGAGCAAGGACCAAGAAACUGAUGAGGACCUAGAAAUGGAAAUGGAUGAUAAUGGUCUCCAGACCUCUUGCUGUGUUACAAGAUGGUCACAGCAACUGUCAGGCCUUCCUCACAAGCUCCUGCAGCGCCUGAUGCCUUUCCAAAGGGAGGGAGUGGAGUUCGCCUUAUCCAAAAAUGGACGAUGUAUGAUCGCUGAUGAGAUGGGUCUCGGGAAGACGGUGCAGGCCAUCGCGGUGGCGUACGCCUUCAGGCAGGAGUGGCCUCUCCUGGUGGUGGUGCCCUCGUCCCUCAAAUACCCCUGGAUCGAGGAGCUGGAGAGGUGGAUCCCCGAGCUGCAGCCGGGAGACAUCAAUUUGGUGGACAGCAAGAGCGACACCAUGGGCAUCAGCAGCAGUAAGGUGACAGUGUUGGGUUACGGCCUGCUGAGCACUGAUGCACGCCCCCUGGUGGAGGCUCUGACCAGGCAGCAGUUUGCAGUGGUUGUCGUGGACGAGUCGCAUUACCUGAAAUCCAGAAACGCAGCGCGGACUAAGAUUGUCGUUCCUCUCAUUCAGAGUGCCAAGCGGGCCAUCCUGCUCACCGGUACCCCUGCCCUGGGUCGACCUGAAGAGCUUUUCAUGCAGCUUGAUGCCCUCUAUCACAAGAGUUUUGGAACCUGGACCGACUAUGCCAAGAAAUACUGCAACGCACAUUACAGGUAUUUCGGGCCUCGCAGGCUGUGGGACUGUCGUGGAGCGUCCAACCUGAAGGAGCUGCACCAGCGGCUGAGCCAGAUUAUGAUCCGUCGCCUCAAGGUUGAGGUGCUCAGUCAGCUGCCACCCAAAAUCCGUCAGCGUAUCCCAUUCGACCUGCCUAAGGAGGCUGUAAAGGAGGCCUCAGCCAGCUUCGCACAGUGGGAGAGGCUGAUGAAGGGACUGAGGUCGGGGGUCGUCGCCGCGGACAACCCCUUCACCGAGGUCAUGAGCCUGGUCACACAGAUGUACAAGCAAACAGCGAUUGCAAAGGCGGGAGCUGUGAAGGACUACAUUAAGAUGAUGCUGGAGGCAGAGCAGCUGAAGUUCCUGGUGUUCGCCCACCACCUCACCAUGCUGCAGGCCUGCACCGAGGCCGUCAUCGAGGCCAAGGCAGGUUACGUCCGAAUUGACGGCAGGGUGUCAUCAUCAGAACGAAUCCAGUUGGUCCACAAGUUCCAGAGCGACCCAGAAACCAGAGUGGCCAUCCUCAGCAUCCAAGCAGCUGGUCAGGGUUUGACCUUCACCGCUGCCAGCCACGUGGUGUUUGCUGAACUCUACUGGAACCCCGGCCACAUCAAGCAGGCUGAAGAUCGCGCCCACCGCAUCGGGCAGACCUCCUCCGUCAACGUGCACUACCUCAUUGCCAAGGGCACCUUUGACACCUUCAUGUGGUCCAUGCUCAACAAGAAGGAAACUGUGACGGGCAGCACUCUGAAUGGUAGGAAGGAAUACCUGAAGGCCGCCGAAGGCGACAAGGACAAAUGGGAGUUUCUCAGCUUUGCGAACAUGUGGACGCCAGGCGAGAUGGUGCUGCCUCUGGAGGGAAACUCAAGAGAUGCCAAAGAUGAUGUGUUCUUCACUCAUUUUGAGAAAGACAAGCAGCACGACAUCCGUUCCUUCUUCUCCCCGAGUGCCAGCAAGGAGAAGAAAAGGAAGCGAACGGAAGAUGAAGAAACAUCUCCCUCCAUGUCCUCGGAGACGUCUGCCACGCCAGCUGGCAGUAGAGCGAACUCUGAACAGGAGAACAGUGAACAGUCCUAUUCCCAAACCUCCACCACACCUGACCAGGAUUUCUCCCCGCAGCAGAAGAGGCUGCGGACGUCGCUGUCCAGCCCGAGCCCCGGAGCUCGAUUCGGGGGGAAGCGGAGGUCGACGGCGGGGAGCGUCGGCUCCAGCAGCCCCGGCGCUCUGGCCUCCUUAAUGGCUCCACGAAAGCUGUCAGAGCCUGAUCCUGGUUUAACGUGGAGCUGUGGGGCCUGCACCUACUCCAACAGCAGCCUGUUGCCUUACUGUGAGCGCUCUUCCUCUGCUGCCGGGUCAGAGCCACCCAGGCCUCAGCAACCCCCUGCAACCGAGAGGGACCAGGCAUGCCUCGUCCUCUCCGGCUCCGACAGCGAGCCAGAGCUCAGCCGGGGAAAAGCCCGGCCUCCGAAAUCACACAAAGACAAACAGAGCGAGGAGGAGGAGGAUGAGCCUCCGAAAGACAAACAGAAACUAGGAGAAGCAGAGGAAGAGGACAAGCGGUGGCUCAAAGGCAAACAAUCAGCGGUGGAGAGAGGCGACAACGUCGCUGGCGGUGGAGGCUGCCUCCCCCCUGACCACACACAGGACCGGGGAGCUGUGGCGUGUUUGUCUUCUGCUGCUGAUGCUAAUGACGAUGAUGAGGCCGAUGGUGGAGAAGACGCCUGCGCCGCCCAUCCCGUCUACCAUGGACUGCAGUUCUGCGCCAGCCAGCACACAGACCGAAUAUAUCUGUACUCUAAGGACGGAGCUCCGCUGAACUUGAGCUUCAUCCCUCUGGACAUCAAACUAACCAACUGGGACGACCUGCCCGAGGCCUUCAGCCGGCUCCGGGAAAAUCGAAUCCAGGUGCUGAGGUUUGUCCAGGAGUGGAGCAGCCUGGCUGCCAUGAAGCAGAAGCUGCUCCAACGCAGUGGCCUCCUCUUCCACAGCCCAACCCUGGGCCUGCAGCAGCUGGCCAACACCCAGCGCCCUCACUCCAGCACCAAGAGGUACCUCAGUCGAGAGGAGGUGGCCCAGGCUUCCCUGAGCAAAGCCCAGCAGGAGGGAGGCAGCGUCCGAAUGCUCACAAAGGAAAACUUCACGAAGAGGAGAUCUGCCUCUUCUAUAGCACCACCUGCUGCAGAGAGGCAGGACAAGCAGUCCUGUGAGACAGUGGAUGAGCAGCCGUCUUCGGAGUGGGGCUACCUGCAGGCUGUGGACAGUCAGGGUGUCCCUCUGUGUCUGUCCUGCCAGCAGGCCUGCCCUACCACUGGUGGGGCGUGGGAUACUCGAUUCUGCAGCCACAGGUGCCAGGAGGAGUUUCAGCUACGCUCCAGCCAGACGUACAUGCGCUCCCGAGUGCUGGAGGCGGAGCAGGGCAUUUGUCAGCACUGUGGCCUCCAGGCCCAUGACCUGUUCCUGAAGGUCCGCGACACCCAGCCCUCCCAGCGCAAGGAGAUGCUGGAAAACACUUGGCUCGCCCAGCUGUCACUCAAAGAGCUGAACAAGAUGAUCCGAGCGCCGGUCGAAGGGGAUUUCUGGCAGGUGGACCACAUCCGGCCGGUGUACAGCGGAGGAGGACAGUGCUCUCUGGACAACCUGCAGACGCUCUGCACAGUCUGCCACAAAGCCAGGACGGCUCAGCAAGCCAAAGAACGGAGCCAGAUGAGGAAGAGCGUUGCAGCUUCCAAGGUUGCGUCAGACAUCAGCAGGUUCUUCAUCAGGAAGUGAAAAGACAGAAAGGUUUAGUACGAUAUUAGGGUAAAGAUUUGUUGUGUUUUUUCAAUGAGGAUAGUCACAGUUAAGUUGUUUCCUUUGACUCCUUUGCAUCUUCCGUCUCAUUUUCUUUUAUAUCAUUGGCGUCCUGCUGGACCAAAUUACAGAGGAAGGUGAAAUGGUGCAGAUUUAACUGAAAAACAGUGAAGACUGCAUCAAAUGCAAAUUCAGCCAACUCCCCUCUCGUCCCCGAACCGUCACUAGUGCGCUAGUUGUGAUUUAUGACGGCCCCCUUUUUGUUCGAGGCUGAAAUGGAGCAGGUUGUUUAGAGAGAUGCUGCUAUUUUAAGAUUUUGCAAACUUGGUGAACAGUAGCAGGUGAGAGAUGAAUCGGGGACUUUGUGAUUAAAACUCUACAGCAGAAAACACAACCAGGUGUCCUCAUUGGGGCUCUCAACAAGUGUCGGCUCGUUUUGGAAGGAUGGAUGAACGUUUCCCGGUGAAAUAAAGACCAUUUUCUUCUUGUUUUCCUCUCCUGUUCCUCUGCUGCUUCCACCACAGCUUGGACUGUAAGCACACCAAGACGUUGGUUGUUCUGACAAGCCAGCAAAUCGUUUCAUCGCCUCAAGUCAGGAACAUUAUUGUCCAUGUUCACGCAUCUACCUCCUCUUCAGCUGUGCUUGAUGAUCUGAGCAGAGCUAAAGUCAGUCAGGAGGGCUAUGUUUAGAGAGACGGAGAGCAGAGUUACUAUGGAAACAAGGCUCCAGGUUCAGCCAUGUCGGGAAUAUUGAAUCUUGUCUUGUGAGAGUUAUACAAUGAGGCAGACAGACAUUAGAAACUCCAAUCAAUACCAGCAGGCUCCUGUGAAAAUGAGGCCGUCACAUUCCUCCACAGCAGGGUUUUACUUCGCCUCUCGGCUCCGAUGCUCCACCGUCGACGUGGCACGAGUCGUCAUGUCACGAUUUGUCUGUCUGUCAGUCGUGUCAAACUCCUAACUCAGCAAAUUCCAUCAUCCGUGGAAAGUUUUACAUUUUUCUGGCAGCCCCAACUUCUCGCAGCCUAUCAGAGCCGUCGGCACAAACCACAGCUUCAAACUUUCUCGGAGCCCAUGUGGGUGAACGCGUGGGUGUGUGUGUAUUUCCCCUACGGCUGCUCCAGGUCUCCACUUAAUAAGGCCGUUGUUCCUCUCCUGUCCAAACCGACAAGCUUUGUGAGUAAUGAACAUCUCCCAGGCAGCCUUCCAACAACAGCAGGUUUCAGUGUCAGUCCCUGUCAGCAGCCAAUGACUCUGAUCUGCUGUUUUAUUACACCCAAAAGGUGUGUGUGUGUGUGCAGCAGAGAGAAAGCGAGUGAGGAAGUAGCGGGAAAGUGUCGCUGAGCGUGCGACACACUGAUAAAAUGUGUGUGUUUGGCAUUGGAAAAAGUGUAUAUUGGAAGAGAGAGGAAGUGUGUUUGUCAGACGAAGCCAUAAUGAGGCAGCGCCCAGAUGAAGACGUCUCGCCUUCUUCCCACAGGGGGCUGCUGGGUAAAGAGCAGCGCUGCAGCCGCGUGACACUGUUUGCAUUGGACAACCUAUCAGCCCAGAGGAAAAACAUUACCUCCGCAGGUGAUGACAGUAAUAAAGAUGGACUCAAACACCGACGGACAGCCGCCGAGGUUUGCAUGUUUGCUCUCCACCUCACACCCCUCGCUUCCUUUUCUUAAAGUCAGCUUUAGAGCCAAACUCAAGUCACUUUUUUCCCCCCAUUAAGUGAAAUCAACGUCUUUGCCUCGGUGCUGCUGCGGCAGAGACAUUCCUGCAGGUUACAUAGCAACACAUGCAGUGGAUGUCACAAAAUUAGCUGUUGGAAAUAGUCACGUAUAAUUAGAAAGCGACAAGAUUAACAGCAGCAUCUGACGAAACGCCACACCAGCGAACCUGAACAAAAUAAAAGAAUACAAUGAAUUUA